AUGGGCCCUGCGGCCUGUUUUGACGAUCCCAAUUUCGAGGGCGAUGGGGCUAUUUUGGCUCAUAUGAUGGGGCUGGGCAAGACUAUCCAGGUGGUGACGCUACUACACACCGCUGUGACGACGUACAUGCAACGCAAAGUCCUGCCCAUGCCCAUCAAACGCAUCCUGAUUCUGGUCCCCAAAAACGUGUUCCAAAACUGGUUCGAGGAGUUUGAGAAAUGGCUCCCGCCGGACUCAGUACUCAGAGACUAUCUGUACAUGGACCAACCCGCAGACAGACACGCCAACAUCCAGAAGUGGUAUGACUUUGGCGGUGUGUACCUGAUGUCACACCAGGGCUACACCAACAUGCUCAAGCCCUCAGUGGGCUAUAAGGAAAUCAACGACAUCCCCAAGGAAAGCGAUACGGUGAGUGGGCGCCUUGCGAUGGUGAAAUGUUUGAGUGAUCCUGGCCCAGAUGUGCUGGUGAUUGAUGAGGCGCAUGUGCUCAAGAACCCAUUGACAGCCACGCUCAAAUGCCUAGCACGACUCAGAACUAAGCGUAGAAUCUGUGUCACGGGCAAUCCCAUGCAGAACAAUUUCACGCAGUACUACGAAU